AUGGUUUAUCUUAGAUCAAUUUUGAAUAAAAACAAUACUACAACGAACAAUAAUACCAAAUUCAACCCAUCAAACAAAAAACCACAACAAGAACCCAAGGUACAUGAAGAAGAAAAAUUAAAAUUUCAUACUGCAGUUAUGAAGGAUUCAAUAUUAGAUGCUGUGCAAGAGGCACAACCAUUUGAAGAAGCUGUCGAUUCAUAUUUUGGGUUUUUCGAAGGACAAACUUUCUUCAGGUCUGAUAUUGAUAUGCAUUACAAAGAUAUAUUUGGAAGAGAAAUCAUUGAAAGGGAUCGUUCAAACCCAACAAGACCAAGAGAUGAAAGACCUUUGGAUACUAUUAGGGGUUUGGAAUAUCAAAUUACUGGGGACAAAACUUGGCUGACCAAAUUAGAAACUGAGAAAUUUGGGUUUGACGUUAGACCAAAUUUUUAUAAUAAUAUUGAUACUGUGUUAAAAGAAAAUACUAUUUCUGAUAACAAACAAAAUAAAGAGGUUCUUGAGGAAAAAGAAGAAAUAGGAGAACCUUCAAAUUUCUGGAAAAAAAUUACAAGGAAAAAAGAGAGGCCAAAGUAA